UUGGACGCCUCCGUUGCUAAGCGACGACCGCCAAACGUGGCGCAAAUACGCUAAUGAGUUAGCAAAAAAACACGAAGUUCUACAUAGUUAUUCAUCCCGAGGCGGGUGCUUUUACUGCCUGUUAGUAGUUCUAGCGCACUUUAGUGCCGGUUUCUCGACGGUGAAUAAUGAAGGAAAGGACCGUUGAACUGUUUCCCGCCGCGUUGCCUGGCGUUUGCCCCCCAGGGUCCGUCAGCGACGCGCCCGCAGAGGAGGCGCCCGGCGGCGCAGAGCUGGAGGACAAGUCCGACAUGGAGAGGUCCUGUGUUUUAACUGCUGAGCUGGUGUCCAGGUGCAUCUCCCACCUUGGCCACUUUGGCAACGGGCCGCCCUUGUACCAACUGUCCCUGCCUAGUCAGAACCUAAGUGACGUCUCCAUCCUACGAAAUUAUGCCCAUCUUCAAAAACUGGAACUGCCACACAACAAAAUAAAAGUAGAUUUGUCCUGUGUGAGCCACAUGCCCUACCUCGUCAUUCUUGACGCUUCUCACAACGAAAUCUUUAGCUUCUUUGGAUUCCAGCCACCCAAGAGUCUGAAGGAGGUCAGUUUCUCAUACAAUCGUAUGGCUAAAAUGAAGGAUUUGUCAGCCUGUUCCUACCUUAGUAAACUAGAGCUGGACCACAACAGUUUCAGCGAGAUCACUGGUCUCGAGCAGUGUUGCAGGCUCAGCCAUCUCAGACUGGCGCACAACAGGAUCUCCAGGAUCAGUGGCCUGGGCAGUCUACCACUUACACACCUCUGCCUUAGGGGUAACCAGCUGGAGAGAAUUGAAGGUUUGGAGAAUCUGAACAAUCUGCAGGUCCUUGACUUGUCUCAGAAUCGCAUCACCAGUCUUUCUGGCCUUCAAAAUCUUUGCCUGCUUGGCUCCAUCAAUCUGGAGAAAAACCUGAUUACUGAAAUCCAAGAAUGCAAGCACAUUCAUGAUCUUUUGCUGUUGCGGGAUCUCAGUCUACUUGAAAACCCUGUACAGGAGCAACCGGACUACAGAGUCUCGGUGGUUUUCCUACUACAGCAUCUAACUGUGCUAGACCAAGAAAAAAUCACUGCUGAAGAAAAGGUGUCAUCUGUAAACAAAUACGAUCCCCCUUUGGACGUGGUUUCAGCAAGAAAUCACCUUACUCACAUGGUGUAUCAGCUGAUGCAGCCCCAGGUGCUCUAUGACAGCAGUACUUUGCCCAGUGCAGACUCUCCGUACCCUAUGCUGGUGCUGACAGGUCCUCAAGGCUGUGGGAAAAGAGAACUAGCCCAUCGACUGUGUCAAGAGUUCAGCGAAUAUUUUGCAUAUGGAAUCUGUCACACCACAAGGGGGCCCUACUAUGGAGAGGAAAAUGGGAUUGAUUACCAUUUUGUCAGCGAGGAGGACUUUCAGAACAUGAUUCUCAUGGGUAAGUUUAUCCAGACAAUGCAAUAUGGGGGUCACAGCUUUGGCCUGACCAGAGAUGCCAUAGAGGACGUGGCCAGAGAAGGGCUGGCUUGCUGUGUGCAUAUGGAACUGGAGGGUGUGUUUAGCCUGAAGAGAUGCUGCUUCGAGCCUCGAUACAUCCUGCUGUUCCCCAGCAAGGCGGAGAAGUACAGGGAUCGUCUGAAAAGCCGCGGCCUCUACACCCCAGCACAGAUUGAAAAGGCAGUGUCACGUCUAGACGUGUACGCCAAAACCAACAUACAGCGGCCUGGAUUCUUCGAUAAUGUCAUGCCCUGUGAUGACUUGGAAGAAGCCUACCAGAUGCUGAGGCUGGUAUUGAAGGAGUACUUGUUGCUAAAGGAGGAGGAGGAGGAGGAAAAGCACAACAGAGCAUCCCCUGACAGCACCUCCAUGGCUUCAGCUAACGAGCCAGUGGCGAAACCACCCUCACACUUGUUAGGAUCGGGCACACUCACAUCACAGUCUGCCACAGCUCUUGACCCUUCAAAUCCUUCCUAUAGGAACUAUUUUACCAAGAUCCAAGCAGAGCUCAGCCCUGAAAAUAGCCCAGCGGAGUUUGCUUCCAUCAGGAGACGAGAGCGGUUGGUGAGAGAGGCCAUAGUGGGGAAUAGUCCAGGGGUCUACAGCCAGCGCUUCAAAAGCUCGGCUCAAAAAGCACCAUCAUCAAUGCAGACUCAUGACUCUGGAUCACACUUUAGUGAAGACAGCAGCUCUGAUGAGUCACGUGCUUCAGAGCUGUCUGUGCCCAGUUCAGCUGGGGCCUUCGCUGGCUCGGUGGAACCACUAAAUAGCUCUAUUGUGGAACCCACGCUGGAAACACUUAAAGACCAACUGUCAUCUGACCAGACCCCAGAUCAGCUGGCUGCAGCCACAUCUCCCUCUUCUGACCGACGUCCCGGAUCCAACGUCAGGCCCGUCCUGCCGCCGAUUCCCACCGGACGCAAGACCCCUGUAGUUUCCAGCCCAAAGCCACCUGCUGGGGAGACAGAGAGUGCAAACAUGAAUGGAUAAAUGUUAAAUCACUUUUAACUGACUCCUUAAAAUGUGUGUUAGAUCACAAAAAAAAUGUCUCUGAAACCACACAUUUGUUGCUGUCUCACCACAAACUACAGUACACUGAUGGUAACACGAUACAGUCAAGCCAAACACUUGAGGUUAGAUUUUUGCACUUGCCUUUUCCUGCAUCUGUUGCUCGUGCUGCAACAUGUCUGGAUCCUUUACCCCCUUCUAUAUACUGUGUUCCUGUGAAGUGAUGGCGCUAAUGGCCACAUAUACUGUAUGCUGACUGGAGUAUAAUUAUAAGGAUGUGCAGAAUUACUGUCUUUCUGACCUAAAGGUGUCUGGUGAUGACACACAUUGUGGUUUAGGCUCUCACAGACUGAUGAGCAUGUCUUUCAUCCAUGUGUUGAACUAAACAGAUAUAGUUCCUCUUUGUAUUAAUAUGAGGUAUCUGUUCAUCGUGGAAAUGGUUUUUGUCAGGUUUUAUGAGUGAAGCAUUAAUUUUCUUGACAGUGAAGUGGUGUUGCAUUUCCUGCUGUUCAGUAAUCUCAUCAAACAGGAUUUGCCAUCGACAUCUAGAUACUGAUCUUUUAUAUUUAGCGUGAGGCUCUUGUCACUGGAUGGUAAAUACAUCAUUAAUCUUUAUCUCCUCUGAUGGGAUUAUUUAUUCAACUGGAAAUGCGUUGGUAUGGAAGUUGUUGACAGGCCGUAAACAGUGAGCCAUCACACCACGGCACCGUGUUUGUCAGCUUGUGUGUGCACGUUUGUGAGUGUUGCACAUUUUCUGCUUUUAUAUUUGGUAAAUAUUGUUUAUUGCUGAAUAGUUGCCUGUCACAGUUGUCCGCAUCUCUUAUUCAGCUCCUCAGCCCGUCAGCUCGUGCUGUUGCUGCACGUGAACGCGCACGUGUGCAUGUUGUUUCCUGCAGUACGGAGUUCUACACACACACAUAGAGGACACCUGGCCAUCCAUCACUAUCUGUCUUCCUCUUAGGCAGCAGAUGUUCCAACCCCGUCUUAAUUCUUUGGCAGUUUGAAACCAGCCAGUGUCUUCAGGGCCCCUGGGGUCUAACCCACUUACACUGCAACCUGCACCCUGUAGCACAGCCUGUCAUUGGCUAACGUGGUGUCUUCCUGCACAUUAACAUUGCAUGAGAUGCAGGUAUAUGAAUAUUGUGAAUGCAUGAUCUAAUAAUCUACAUCAUCUGUGUCUUUGUGUCUGUGAUGUAUUUUUCAUGCUCAUCUGUUACUCUGUGUCUUUGUCUUCAUGCCUACUCAUUGUAACACUACAGCCUUCAUGGUCAAAUGAAUAAAAACUUAUAAAUAAUG